ACAUCGAAGUAAAAGCUACGGGAUAUAGCGGAAUUUACCAGCUGGCUUCUCCGAUUGGCUUAACGUGUUAGUCGGCAUGAAAACGAAAUUUUGUAAUUAACAAGAUACGUCAGAAGAUGGUUUUUUGGCUCGUUUCACCCGCCUGGCGACGCUGUAUUGUGUCGGCAAAGCCGUACUCCCGUCGACGCCGAUGGCAGACUCCUGUUGGCCGAGAAUUAAUAGCACAACAACGCAGUACGUUGCAAGGAGGAUAUGUAAUAGAUUCCACGACUGAAUGGAACUCGACACGAGAAUAUAGGCUGCCACUGGCAGUAGCAAAACUUAAGAAAUACAUGGCGCUCAUCAUGAUGUAUGUUAAUCAGGCUGGCACCUACUCGAAGGUGUGCGCCGUUCCAGAAGACCUCGACGUAUUGAGGUAUAUAGCCAUUCAAGUAAAUAACGGCACGAUGGAUCCAGAGGACCAGCUCGGAGUUGUUCAGUUUUGCUGCGAAAUGCUCAAUGAAAUCGAAGUAACAAUAGAAGAAAUCAGGGAGCCAGAACACGGCCUUCGCUUAAAUCGGGAGGGGUACAUAAUUAAAAUUCAAAACUUUGGUGAUGUUGCGCUGGAUCAAAAAAUAUCAGUAAGAUUUCGGUCUGAGCUACCAUUAGAGGCAAAAAUUGAGGAGCUACUACAAGUUGUCCCCGCAUUUCCCGAGUCCAUUACACUCAUCUAUUCCGGAAAUCCAGAGCUGGUGGAACCCCUGCAGAUUACUCAGAUCAAUUCGAAAGCGAAACAUCUCUCGUUGCAACUUCAGAGCUUGCCGAAAGAUUUUAGGAGACCUUGUGAGGUUUACAAGAUCAGCUUAAUAGUAACGUGGAAGGGUCCUUCCGCCAAAUUUCCUGCAGUUAGGGCUAGACUGUACAGAAAGAUGCAUGAGAAUUUUCUUCAGAUCCGAAAAAUAACAAAUCAUCUCAAAGAGGCCUUAAACAGUAAGGCCCUACUAGCUGCCAUUACUCACAUAUCUAAUUUAAAUCCCAACGAUAUAGAAGGCUGGAAGGAGGCGAGUUACUUACUUACGUUUAUGGAUGACACGUACAGGAAAGCACUUCAGGAGUACGAAAGGAUGUCCUCUAUCAAAGCAUUGUAUAUAGACCCAGAAGGUCGUAACACUCUUACUAAAAUGGAGGAUAUGGCGUCAGAAGACAAGUCAAUUGUCCUUCAGCUGCAGGAUCUCGCCGAUGCAGUCCAUCGAUGCAGGGUGCUGUUGGAGAGCUCUUUGCUGCGCGGCAAACAACGGGAAGGAGUUGGAAUUUAUAGAACAAAAAGUAGUGGUUAGGACAGUGCCGAUGACAGAGUAGCGGUAUAAUUGGACACAAUGUACAAAAUACAGUUUGCUUACAAUGAUUGAUAUUCGCGUUUCCUUAAAUCCCAUUCUUGUCUCGUUGCAAAAUACCUAUAUUUCAAGUUGGGCGCGAAUAAUCUGGGUUCGGAACCGGACAUAGACACGCUUCGGUUCACGUUGGAAUCAGCAGCAUGCUUUAGACUCCUUAUUUUCCAACGUGAAUUUCCAUCUUCUGUCCCGAAAUUUUCGUUGAGGACUUCCGUUAAGCUCUGCUUUUUCGUGUAUUUUUUCACGUAAACGCGACUCGAACGGCUCAUUUUUUGGUUCUGUGGCCGUCAUAAAAUGUUUAACACAUUAUACAGUGUUAUGUGCUUUACCACUUAUUGCGUGUCAAUACUUUGUUGU